AGAUUUGGCGAUCGCGCUGUAACACAAAGAUGAAUUUUUAUAAUAAAAAGAAAAUUAUACAAACUAUAAUUAAACCAUAAAAGUGAUUAGUGUCUGACGGCUGGUGGACAGCGGGCGAAUAGCUGAUUUAAUGUGCCUUAACAAGUGCCAAUAUAAGCGAUGAAUUUUUAGUGAAAAAUCUUAACCAAAUGGCUUUAUUUUGUUUUGUUUUUGGAUAAAUGUGUGGCACCAAUUUUGGCAGAAUAACAAAACAAUAACAAGGUUCCAACAAAUGCAAAGCAACAACAAAAGAAAAACAUAAUACACUAAUGUCUGCACAAAUAUGAGUCCAUUUCGUUCGAAGAAAAAUCGUUCAUUACCAGUGAAGGUGGUAACCUUCGAUUCAGAAUUAGAAUUCAAUUUGGGGCAUCGUGAGACUGGUCAAGAGCUGUUUGAUUUGGUGUGCCGCACAAUAGGUUUGCGUGAGUCAUGGUACUUUGGCUUACAGUAUGUGGAUGCACGCGGGCACGUCUCCUGGCUGAAGAUGGACAAGAAAGUAAAGGAUCAGCGCAUACAACUGCUAUCGAAUGGGUUUUACGUUUUCAAUUUCUAUGCCAAGUACUUUCCGGAAAAUGUUAGCGAAGAGCUAAUUCAAGAAAUAACGCAGCAUUUGUUUUUCCUACAAGUCAAGCAGAGUAUACUGUCAAUGGAUAUUUAUUGUCGGCCGGAGGCAUCGGUACUGCUGGCAUCGUAUGCAGUUCACGUUCAGUAUGGCCCAUACGAUUAUGAAACUUACAAAGAUGGCAUGUUGGCGAGCGCAGAUCUGUUGCCAAAAAAGGUGACGGACCAGUAUCAAAUGACGCCCGAAAUGUGGGAGGAACGCAUAAAGACCUGGUACAUGGAUCAUGAGCCGAUGACACGUGAUGAGGUUGAAAUGGAAUACUUGAAGAUCGCACAAGAUCUAGAUAUGUAUGGUGUCAAUUAUUUUCCUAUAACUAAUAAAAAUAAAACCAAAUUAUGGUUGGGUGUGACCGCUAUCGGCCUGAAUAUUUAUGAAGAAAAUAAUAAGCUUUCGCCGCGUACAACGUUCCAAUGGAAUGAGAUAAGACAUGUGAGCUUUGAUGAUAAAAAAUUUACAAUUCGGCUAGUAGACACGAAAGUAUCGAACUUUAUUUUCUACUCACAAGAUUUGCAUAUCAACAAAAUGAUUUUAGAUUUGUGUAAGGGAAAUCAUGACUUGUACAUGCGUCGCCGCAAACCGGACACUAUGGAGAUACAGCAAAUGAAGGCGCAAGCAAAGGAAGAGAAGCAGCGGCGCCAACAGGAGCGCGCAAAAUUUCUGCGUGAGAAAAAGUUGCGCGAAAAGGCGGAACGUGAUCGCUACGAGCUGCAAAAUCGUUAUGAGCACUUGCAGAAUGAAAUGCGCAUGGCUAGUGACGCGCUGCGGCGUUCUGAAGAGACCAAGGAACUCUAUUUUGAGAAGAGCCGCGUGAAUGAAGAACAAAUGCAAUUGACAGAAUGUAAAGCACAUCACUUUAAAACAGAGAUGGAUCGCCUACGUGAACGACAAAUGAAGAUCGAGCAUGAAAAGAUGGAUUUGGAGAAGAAAAUACGCGAUGCCGACUUCUAUGUGCACCAAUUAACGCUUGAAAAGGAUAAGCGUGAGGCAGAAGCGGAAAAAUUGAAGAAGGAGCUGCAAUGCGCACAAUUGGCAGAGCGUGAAGCCACCGCACGUCUACUUAAUUUCAUCAAUCAUGGUCGCAAAACAUCCACCGACAGCUUGGUGGCCGUCUCAGGGAAUAAUGUGGUCGUUUCGGCUACAAACACGGCCAUCAGCACACCUUCGUUGACCAACAGCAACUCCACCAUAGACAUUGAUACGGCAGGCGGUGUUGAACUGACUACAUCAAACCAUAAUCUUGCCGCCAAUACAAAUGACGCCUCAUCCGAUGUUAUCGACGAUUUCGAAACAAAGGAGUUCAUACUCACCGAUGCAGAAAUGGAGCAGAUCACAAAUAGUCGACUUGAAUAUUUGAAGAAAUCCAAACAAAUGGAAAAUCAAUUACAAACGUUGCGUUCACAAAUUGAGCUGUUGAAAAUCGAAGAAAAUCAAAGUAAUUUAGAUAUACUAAGUGAUGCACUCAUCAAAGCGGGAGAAACGAAAUACUCAACGUUGAAGAAAUUGAAAUCGGGCUCAACCAAGGCACGUGUGGCUUUCUUUGAGGAGUUGUAGUAAGGGAGGCGAAAUUAAUUUGUUUAAAAUUAGAGGUUCUUCAAAUAGAAUUUAGUAAUAGGUUUUAAUACUAACAAUGUGACAUGUAUACCUAUUAGAAUUAAGCGAAUAUCAGCUCUAAUACUUUAAAAAUUGGAAGUUAAAAAUUAAAAAAAUAAAGCAA